UUCAAAAUGAGGGGCUGGCCUGGGUCAGGUACUUGGAACCAAGGCAGGCACCUGAAGGACCAUUUAAGCAGUCUGAAUAAAGAGAGAAUGCUUCAUGAGAUGCUCAUGCUUCUGGCCUGUGGGACACUCCAGGGAGCAAGGACUAGACUAUCAACAUGGAAUGCAAGAUUCUGUAAUAACAGAAGUAUUUUACUGCAAAUCUAAUAACCUUAUACUUGUACAUACAGGCCCCCAGGCACCAUGGAGGACAAACGCAACAUCCCGAUCAUCGAGUGGGAACACCUGGACAAGAGGAAGUUCUACGUGCUUGGCGUGGCCAUGACAAUGGUGAUCCGCGUCAGCGUGUACCCGUUCACCCUCAUUCGAACCCGGCUGCAGGUUCAGAAGGGCAAGAGCCUCUACCACGGGACCUUCGAUGCCUUUGUCAAGAUCCUGCGAGCAGACGGCGUGACUGGCCUCUACCGCGGCUUCCUCGUCAACACCUUCACGCUCAUCUCCGGCCAGUGCUACGUUACCACCUACGAGCUGACCCGGAAGUUCGUAGCUGACUACAGCCAGAGCAACACAGUGAAGUCGCUGGUGGCCGGCGGCUCAGCCUCCUUGGUGGCCCAGAGCAUCACCGUGCCCAUCGACGUGGUCUCCCAGCACCUGAUGAUGCAGCGCAAGGGAGACAAGAUGGGCCGCUUCCAGGUGCACCAGGGCCCGCAGGGACAAGGGCUCAUUGCGUUUGGUCAAACUAAGGACAUCAUCAGGCAGAUCCUGCGAGCUGAUGGGGUUCGAGGUUUCUACCGAGGCUACGUGGCUUCCCUGUUGACCUACAUCCCCAACAGUGCUGUCUGGUGGCCCUUUUAUCACUUCUAUGCAGAGCAGCUUUCGUCCCUGUGUCCUAAGGAGUGUCCUCACAUUGUCUUUCAAGCCAUCGCUGGGCCCCUGGCUGCAGCGACUGCCUCCAUCCUGACCAACCCCAUGGAUGUCAUCCGAACCCGCGUGCAGGUUGAAGGCAAGAGCUCCAUCAUCCUGACCUUCAGACAGCUGAUGGCAGAAGAGGGGCCUUGGGGCCUCAUGAAGGGCCUCUCAGCCCGGAUCAUCUCCGCCACGCCCUCCACCAUUGUCAUCGUGGUAGGCUACGAGAGCCUCAAGAAACUCAGCCUCCGACCUGAGCUGGUGGACUCCAGACACUGGUAGCCAGUGUGGGCAGAGAGAAGCGUGCCCAUUGCACACACUGCUCUGUGGUCAGGGCAGAGCGGGGAAGGCGGUGCCCUGGUGAAUGUGCCCACCACCUACCCAGCCAGUGGUGGGCAGAGAGAAGCGUGCCACUGCACACACUGCUGUGGGUCAGGGCAGAGCGGGGACGACCGUGCCCUUGUGAAUGUGCCCACCACAUACCCAGCCUGCCCUAUGCCAGGUGGCCCGUCUGGGACCUGGACAGAGUCUUUGAACUGCUGUGCUGAAGGGGUGCUGUGCCCGGCUCCUCUUCCCGUUAUUUUCACUUCUCCCGUGGACCUGUGCCCGUGUUCUCAGUCCCCGUAAUCAGCCCUGGUCUGCAGACUGACCCCGCCUCCGCCGCUGGCCUGUGUGGCUCCCCUCCCCCAGUGCCUCGGGCUUCCAGCAGAGGCUCCAGGCCGCUGCCCCAGCCCUUCCCACCUCGUCUUCUAAGCUCGCUCGUUUUGAAUUCGGGUUGUCCACCGGCCUACCCCGCUUUGCUCUGCCUCACGGGGGCAAGAUGCCAGAUACUUCCGCACCAGUAGUCAGGGCCAAGCCUGUCACUGUAGAAUACUCGUCCUCUCUUGGAGUAGUCACUAGGAGAGAGAACUCGGAGGCUCGCUCUGUGUGUAUGUGAACAUCUGAACCAGGCUGUUACCUUAGCCCCUCUGUUAGGCACCAUCCCUGCUGUGAGAGCCAACUUCUUCCUCAGACAAGUGGAAAAGCACCAGUCAAUCCCAGGUCUUAAUCCCUCCAGCGGAUCUUCUGUCCCAAGGCUGCGGACAAUAUGACUGUUGGCGUCCCUUGGCCCAGGUGACUGUAAUGGAGGGCACAGUUCUAAGUAGCUCAGGCACUCAGGCCGGCCCUGGACUUGGAGCAUCUUCUGAUGUCUGUUUGAGAGAGUUGCUUGUUUGGAAAGUGACAAGAGGUUGGGUACCCCACCACCACCACACCUCAGGCCAGCUGAGCCCAGCCCAGGAAAGAGCAGAGGAAGUUCUGAGCCCAGGCAGCCUUGCUGCACAGGUUACCUGUCACUCAGAGUCACAGCAGCAGGUACGAAUUGCUCUUCCCUUUCUCCCUGGGUGGGACGUGCCAGCCCAGUCGUGGUAAUUGCUUGCAAGGGAUUAGAGAGCAGGAAGUCACCCCAUGCCAGGACCACUGCAUUCACCAGCCCAAUACUGCCAAGACUGUCUGUGGGCGCUCUCAGGAGCGCUAGGAGGUGACACUCCUUCUCUGCCCUGGCACCUCUGCCAGUCCUAUGCUGCAGGCAGAUGUGUGCAGCAAGUGGGAUGGGAAGAUGGCAGUCCCACCCUGCCUUUCUGCUUGAGACAUGUGGCCUGGAUGAUCCCUUAGGCUUCUGUAUUGGUUCAGUCCCUUGGGAAACACCAUGGUGCCAAUCUGAAAGGUGCUACCCCACAUUUUUCCAUCCUGGCCCGAGUAGAAUCUAAAAAUGAUUUCUCUGUUCUUACCA